AGUAAUACCGACGGCCCUUUACCAGGUCCUAUCGCUUUAAUUUGUUGUAGACCACUCGUCCAAGUUCUCGUAUUAAAAAUGGUGCUCGAACGCUUUCCCUACGACGUCCUUCGUCACAUUUUCUCUUUUCUACAGCAGUGCCACUUGGACACUUUAUCGGCUCUUGCACGUACUAGUCACUCAAUCCACGAACCUGCUGUUGACCUUCUUUGGGAAAAUCAACAAACGCUCUGGCCACUUGUUCUUCUGUUGCCGUCGUCUGUGAUCGAAAGAGCUUCACUUGGCAAUCAACGGCUUUCGUCAUGGGUCACAUUUCUUGCUCGCGCUCCACGUUGCCCGACGUGGGAUAGGGUGCUUUAUUACGGCUCUCGCAUCCGGCGGGUCUGCUUCAGCGUGUUCUUUCGCAUGACAUACUAUAAGCUGCUGGCAGAGUGUCCCUCGCCUCUUCUUCCAAAUCUCGCUCACCUUGAAUUUCAUGCAUACCAUGAAAUUAAAUCGGAUCUACUAUCGUGCCUUCAACUGCUAGUCGAAGGGUCUCAAGGCCUGCAAUCCUUGACAGUAAAAUAUUGUCCCAGGGGAAUUCCGGCAUCAGUUUUGAAUGUUGCACUAGCUUGUCUCACGGCAAAGUGCUCUAUGCUGGAGCAAGUUCACAUCUCGUUCGUGCUCUGUUGCCAUUUUACCAGUGGACUGUACGCGCCUGUAUUCUCUAAUGGGCAGAACUAUACAUUCCUCAAGGCUGUGGAUAUGCUGUCGGAACAUAAACCUUGGAUUACUCAGCAUCCAAGGUUGACGGUAUCUGCAGAAAUUGUCAGAGAGCUUGGGAGGAUGCCUUGCCUUGAAGAGGCAGGUUUUAGUUUGGUUUUGGGUCCUGACGAGCCAUUCGAGAUAAUUUCGCGGGGUUUUGUUUCGGAUAACCCGUAUGCUAGGAGAUUCGGCACCCUCAAGAAACUCAGGCUGCGUACGGCAACUGUGAAACAUACCACAGCGAUAUUGAAAAUUAUUGGCUCCCAUUUGAUGGAGGACCUUAUGCUGUGGGUGGAUGGACCCGUGUCAGUACCUGCCUUCUACUCGAUCGCGGAGUUAUUGUCUUCCAACCGGACCGACGAAGAUCGGCUGAAGUUCAUCAAUAUCAAAAACUUCAAGUUCAUAGCAGAGAGAUUUUUUUCAGAUCCAUUCAAGCCCGUACCACUCAGCCAUGGGGCUCCAGCUUCUAUGAUAUCUCCCUUAUUCACACUCCAUGCUUUGCAUAACUUCAAGAUCGAUGUCAUGGAUACGGUUGCUGCAGGUCAUGCCAUUGGCGGACUGAUGCCGGCGCUUUGCAGAGAUGACCUGGAGACUAUUCCUCAAGCAUGGAAGGAUAUCGAGGAACUAGAGUUGCAUUGGCUAAGAAGUGGCACAGAGACAGACACGCGUAUUGACGACGAUGGCGAAACAUGGGAAUCAGAAGGACCUACUCUGGCCGAAGUCGCGCUUCUGGCCAGCCGGUGUGAGAAGCUUUCUUCACUAGGAAUAUGGUUUAACGCCCAGGACUGGUUUGAUGAUGACCCGAAAAUGGAUUCCAAUGGAGAAGUAGUAGAGGCAGAAGAUCUGAUAACGUCGUACGAAAAUCAAGAAAGACGCGUCAACACCCAGGUAUCGUCUCGCGCUGCUGCCACCAGCAGACAUUUGGAUCACUCGAACGAAGGACCGUCAUCUAGUACGCUUCGUCAACUCUGGGUUGGAUUGUCCCUAGUUUCAGUCGCGGCAAGUUGGCGCGUGUCCAGUUUUGCCCACAACCGAUUCCCUCAUGUUGCUGGAUUUGGAUGGGAUUAUGCACGAGCACUUUCCACUCUGGGUGGUUGGGAGACGCAAAAGUGGAAACUCGUGAAUGAUACUUUCUUUGCGAUGUAUCCCCGUCAGAGAUUUAUAUAACUUGGUUAUAGAACCAUAUGUGAUGCGCAUUGCGGUCUAAUCAUCCCAGCAUAUGAAGCAUCGUCAGAACCCUUUGUACCUUGAUACAGCCUGUAGUACAUGCCUUAUGUUUUGUUAUGUUUUCUGUUUGGAUCGAAAGCUCU